ACCGGUCCUCCGAUGCUUGCCUUACCUGAUCCUGCCACUAACGCUUCGAUCUCUGCUGCUCCGACGAUGUCGCAACGAUCUGUGGGUGCUGCCAACAGCGGGUAUCAACAGCCUCGACCUGGGUGGUGGAGAGCCAAUCAAGAACGCCUCAAUGCUUGCUACAAUAAGUAUUUGGAGGAUAAGGAGAAGGAGGCGAAACGUAAAGAGGAGGAGGAAAAGCAGAGGCUACGAAAGGAAGAGGAGGAUCGUAAAUUAGAGUGGAAACGUGAGAGAGAACAGCCUGAGUUGGAAAUGGGAGCACGAUUGGAUAAGAGGUUGGAGUUGUUGGGACUAUCGAAGAAGGCGACCGAAACGAGAGACGGAUGUAGCAAAAGCGGGGAGGAUGAGUUGACACGACUCAAACGGGAGAAUGAUGAACUUAAGAAGAAGCUGGGAGGAGAGGUCAGUAGGAUAGAGGAUGAUAAGGUUCUCCGCUUGCAAAGGGAGAUUGCCGAGCUAAGAAGGCAAGUUACGAGUAGACAGACGGACAACGACGAGAUUUACGCCUUAAAGAAAGUAAUAGAGGAAUUGAGAAGCUCGGCGUAUGUUAAGACCAACUUUGAGUCUGAGAUUGCUUGUCUUCGUUCUGAAAUCAACUUGCUCCGGGAUAUGACUUCGUGUGCUGAGGAGGAGGCCUUAGACCAGGUAAUAAGCGUGGGAAUGUGGCGGUCUCUACUCCGGAAUGCUCUCACAGAGGUGACCCUAAGCCACGGUGGACCGACAACGUUAAAAGCCGUGCAAGAGCGGUUGAGUAAGUUGACCGCCUCCGAUGAUGCCGAUGAGCCGACCACUGGUGGGACGAAUUUGAAGGAGGAACUGGAAGCUGCUGCCCUGCGCUCUGCUAGGAAAGGAAAAAAGGCUACUCCCGGGAGGGAAGCUGCGAAGGCUGUUGACAAAGGAAAAAGUCAUACGGUCAACGAUCGCCAUGCCUUUGUGGAGAAUCUUAAGAAGCAGUUACGUACGUUGAAGAAAUCUGGAUUGGAGCCUUAUUGUAAGGAGGCCGGGAUUAAGCUUGGCCGAGUCGAAGAAACGAUUGAUGCUAUUGCGGAGUAUCGGGCCAACCAGGCCUUUCCGAAGAAGGAGAAGCGUCAGGAGGACGGGGAGGAUCGUUCGGUGCAGAAUAUGGAUGACGAUGACGAGCAGACGGCGGCUGGUACCUCCGAAUAUGUCGAUGAACAGAGUUGUGUGGAAAAUAAGGUUUCUACAGUAGGCAUUGCGUGUGCAAGUGGUGAUCGGUUGGGGGAGAAUUGGAAAUUGUUGAAACGAAAAUUUGGCUCCUCGCUGGUUCAUUUCGGAGACUGUGUGUUGCCGUUGAGGAAGAGCAGAGGGUUGUUUCUAUCUGGGAAUUUCCUACUCUUCUCGGCUAUUGUCCCGUUUAUGUCUCGUUCGCUGGUGUUGAAGCCUUCGCUGGCUGGUCUUCUGUCUGAUCCUUCUUCUCGGACGGAUCUGUGGAAUUGGGAUUUCCCUGUUCUCGUCAGGGCUUUCUCGGCGAUUCGAAGUUUUUCUGAGAAACGUAGCCGCUAUCGGCUGCGUUUGAUUCUGUCUGGUGUUAUCCGUAGACGUUUUGAUGUCAAUGUUAGGCGUCGGUUGAUCAUUCGGAUUACGUACGAUGAAGUUUUGUGUAAAUCUGGCAUUCGGGCCUUCUGUGCUGACUGGGUUAUGAGGGCUGAGGCAGAUGAGGAGUGGAAGAGAAUGACUGUGCGGAGAAUGAGGGUUGUUUGGGUAAAAAAACGGAGUGUGGGUACGUUGUUAUUCAACUUCCGGAAGUACGCACAGGAGGGCGUGUGCGAAUGCACAUGUUCGUCGCUUCUGCACCUCCCAAGAGUAGAUGGCCAUGUUGUUUUCCGCAUGAAUGAGUGGGAUGAUGCGCCAGGGUGGAUGCGCAGCAAUAAGAACAUUGCUCGACCUAUGAGAAAUGAUGUGGUUAGUCGCUUGAAAAGUGAGAUUUCUGCCUCCUUCCUUGAAACUGGUUUCGGCCUAUCCCCUAUUCGACGGAAUGACUUGAAGGGUUGUGUGAAAAGCAUGGGAGCGGACUCGAAGGAUUGGUGUACGGAAGAGGAGGUUAAUGUGUGGAAGGAGAAGAUGUGUGGGCUGGUGAGAACCCCUAUCGACCAUAAUGCUGGGGACACCGUGCUAUGUUGUCCUAUCAAGUAUCGUGAAGGGAUGGACAAUCUGUUCCUAAAUAACCCAGGGUUCGUCAUCCGAGAAGAAGAAGAGGAUGCGUUGAAUGAGGUGUCCCGAAGGACUUACGAAGAGAUGGGAUUGGAAGGGUUUGCGAAAUGGGAUAAACAGGGUAAGCUGGGAAGAGCCUACGUAAUUCCUAAGCACAAAGAUGUGUCUAGGUGGAGACCUAUCUGCCCUUCCUUCUCGGAGUGUGGUGUGAGGGCUAGCCGAAAGAUCUCAAUGGCUAUCAAUCUUCUGAUCUGGGAGUUACCAAAACGUUCUAAUUUUAAUUUGAAUUGCACGGAUCUGUUGGUGGAUUCCUUGGAUCGUAUUAAUAAGGAUCUUAAGAAGGGGGAGGCGUUGCUUACUGCUGUGUCUGAUGUCAAGGAGAUGUUCUGCAACCUUCCUCACGACUCUAUUGUAAAUGCCUUGGAUUGGUUAAUUGACUUUUGGUUGUUGAAGGGAGUGGGAGGAGUGUUGGUUAAAAGAAGGGGUAAAGGGGCUAAACUUCUACGAGGGAAGCGUGAGGAAGGAUGUCAGCUGGUGGAGUUCAACACCAUCAGGGACUCCUCGUGUUUUGACCUUGAACAUACGUUUCUCUCUGCUUGUGGGCGACGACUGCAGCAGUUGACAGGUAUCCCCAUGGGCAAUCCCACUAGCCCUGCAGUUGCCUGCAUGUUAUGUAUUUUCUCUGAGUUCUCCUUUCUGUCAUCUCUCGGUAUUGAUUGACAACUGGUGUAUGGGGUUCGCUUGAUUGACGAUGUGUCCAUUUUCGCGAGAUACCGUGAAUCUGAUCAUGAGUCUUUGUGCAGAGCCAUGGAGAUCAUGAAGUUGUUUGAGGGCUGCUACGAUAAGAAUCUGGUCCUGGAGUGCACGGAUAGAUCGAAGUGUUGGGAUUUUCUUGGUUGCGUUGUGAAUGUGUUUGAAUGGCCAGUCGGUAUUAAGUGCGUUGCUGUUCAUAAGAACCAAAGAGUGGUGUUGAAGGACGGGAUUCGCUUCCAAAAUUUGCAAGAUGAUUGCUCUUAUACGAGCAAACAGCAGAAGAUGGCUGUGGUGGGGUCGCUCCUGCAUCGGGCCAAACGGUUCACAUCUGUACCCGGAGCGGAAGUCGCCUUUCUUUUGUCGCUGAAAGUGGAAUUGAGGUUACGGGGGUUCAAGGACGAGAUCUUCGAUAAAUCACUUGUUAACUU